CCCUGAACGCACAGCAAUCUGAUCCAUAGGAUGGAACACAAGCAGAGCUCUUAGACAAGCUCUCUGAAUUAAAGGAGUGGAGGGGAGCUGAAAAGCUGGAUUUGAAAGAAACAUACUGCAUUAGGGUUUUAGGAUGAUUUCACGAGUCUGCGUUUCUAAUCCGAAAUCAGCGAAGGAAUGUGAAUCAAAAUAACGUAUGUUGAUUAGAAAUUUAAACAAACAUGAUGAGCUUUGCGUCUUUGGAUGACAGGUAGAAUACGAGCGCGUGACCACCUGAUCUCAAACAUCUGAUUUUUUUUUUAUAUUUGGCAAUUCACCUGCCGCCAGAACUGAUCUGAAGUCUGUGUGGUCAUCCAGGUCUGAAAGGAGUUGACUGCUGAAGAGCACAGUCGGACCGCUGCGCGCGCACACACUGGAGUUAUUAUUUUGGACUGGGAGGAUGCUCCACCACACUGAGACCGAUCUUUCUCAUUUCUAAGGCUCGACAAAAGGCGUGAGAGACUUUUGUGAGAAAAAUAUUAUCAUCAUUAAUCAUAUCUGACCGUCAAAUUGUCGACAAUCUGCAGCAAAGGGCACGGGAAUCCAGAGGAGUGACAGCUGACAUCCUCAUGACACACGCUACAAAAGAAGGAGCUCCUGGUCAACUUGAAAAGUGAAGCGCAAGUUUUAAGGCUGGAAUAUCCGAUUAGAUGAUUCGCGCUGGACACAGGACGAAAUACACUUAGACCUACAAGAUGUUCAAAAGGGGCUCUGGGCUGGAGUUCCUGCUGUUUCUCUGUGGGCUCAAGUUUUCCUGGUCCUGCCCGCGUGACUGCAUCUGCUACUCUGCACCUAGCACCGUCUCUUGCCAAGCCCACAACUUCCUGACGAUCCCCGACGGCAUUCCACCCGACAGUGAACGCAUCUUCUUACAGAACAACAAAAUCCAUCGCCUGCUACGAGGCCACUUCAGCCCCAACACCAUCAAGCUCUGGAUCUACUCCAACAACAUCACCUACAUAGAGCCAUCCACCUUCCAUGGCUUCACGCUGCUGGAGGAGCUGGACCUGGGAGACAACCGCCACCUGCGCUCCUUGGCUGAGGACACCUUUCGUGGUCUGAGACGACUUAAUGCUCUACAUCUUUACCGCUGUGGUCUCACUUCACUUCCUAAUGACAUCUUUCGAGGCCUCAGAAAUCUACAAUAUCUCUAUCUGCAAGAUAACCAUCUGAAGUUCCUGCAGAAUAACACCUUUAUGGAUCUCCACAACCUCAGCCACCUGUUCCUGCAUGGAAACCGUCUUUGGAACCUCCAGCAGGACACCUUCAGAGGUCUCCAAGCCUUGGACCGUUUGCUUUUACACAAAAACCAGAUACAAUGGGUCCACCGUUUGGCCUUCCACGACCUGAAAAGUCUCACCAUGCUCUACUUGUUUAACAACUCCCUUGUAGAGCUGCCCGGGCAGUGUCUGGACACGCUGCCUUCUCUGGAAUACCUACGGCUUAACGACAAUCCCUGGUCAUGUGACUGCAAGGCCCUGUCGCUAUGGGAAUGGCUGAAGCAUUUCCGAGGCUCGACAUCCUCAGUGGGUUGCCAAGCUCCGAUUAAUAUGGUUGGGAAAGACCUCAAAGAGCUACGCAAGGAGGACUUCUCCAACUGUUCGCCAACUGUUUCUGAGUCCAGAGCUCAGACGAACAAUUUAUCUGGCACAGUGAAUCCAUCUAUGAAUCGAGGAGUAGCCGUGGGCUCUGGAGGGCACACCCACGUCGUGCACCCCUCGAGGCCCGGGCCUCCGAAAAACUGCACAAAGCCUCGCAACAGAGAGGGCAAGAAGAAAGGUGAUAAUGAGGUCCAUCAUUCAAAGGAGGUCAUGGCAGACAAGGAGGACUCCUUCCCAGACUUCUCAGAGGGGGGAAAACACGACCACACAUCUCCAGAUGGCACAGUCACUCGAAGAAAGCAGAAGUGCUCUCCUCGGACCACUGUUCGCCCCCCUAGUGGGGUCCAGCAAGCCAACAAUAAAGCACCCUUAUCGAAGUCUUUACAAGUCCAAGCCCUCUUUGUGGCCUUGAUACUGACACAUAUUGAUCACAUCCUCCAUUGACCUUCGGAAGGUUAAACAGAUGCUAAUCAGAACAAAAGCACAGCCGUCAGAACUUCUCUUGCUCCUGCACAACAAGGCCUGUGUCUUUUACGUGUGUGUGUGGGUGUGUGUGUGAUGACGUGUGUAAAUGUUCUUGUGGGGAGCUUUAUUGUUCAAACUGAAAUAGAUAUCAAAGCAUCAAUCAUCUAUGAGAGAAAGAUUCAGAGCACAAAAAUCAGAGAGACUGAGAAGAACAGAAGGUGAAUGCGGAAUAAGCUUGCACUGCCAGCGCCAGUACGAUUUCAUCACCACGCAUCUCGUGUCUUAUACUUUUGAUAACUUUUUGUUUAACUCAGCUGGAGCUUAGAUAACCAAAGUUUGAAAAAAAUGACAGGGCGUCAAAAGACAUGACAGCUAAAGAAAGGUAAAAGGUAGACGAUUUUGUGUUUGUGAAUUGUACAUUCAACGGUAUUAACGGAAGGCUGAUGAACAGGAAAAAGCCUCCAGGUUGAGUCUCACUCUUUGUUCCAGAUGUUGUUCCAUCACCAUGAGCAAAGGAGAGUAAAUUUGCCAGCAAGUUGUCAGACAGCAUAAAACAGAUGGCUCUACUUCAGAGUAAAGACGGAUUUUUAUCACCAUAAAAGGGACAUUCAUUAAAAUUUACACCGAACAUGAAGCCGUAACAGGUCAUAAACUCUACUCCCUACAUACACUUUUAUUUUCAGUUACUCCAUCUUCAGCCUACACAUUUUUUCUCCUCCUCUCAUCUCCAUUUAUGUUCUCUGCAGCUAAAGAUUAAGCAGCUAAUUGAUUCAAAGAUUUGCCAUUUCGUUAUUUUCACCUGCUUUGAAACCGAUGUGCAUCCGUGGGGAAUCAAGCUGUGAAUAAUGAGAAGUCUGUCUAUAUCUUGUGUCAGACGUUGUUCAAGUUUUUUCUACGACACACAGUGGACCUAGGGACACGCCCCUGCUGCAGGGGCCAACUGGAGCCUUGGAGGUCAUGGGUUAAACGGAGAUUUCUCCGUUUCACGGCGAGUUCGUGCUGAACUGCUCCCUCUUCGGCAAGGACAUCUCCCCCCUCGUUCUCCUUGUGAACGUGGAGAUCAAAUUUUUUGUCUUAAGUACUAAAACUUUAAAGGUACACAAGAACAGAACCCCUGCAAAAAAUGUACCUUGAAACACUCUUGUGGUUAAUAAUCGAUCAAAGGAAUGAUUUGAACUGAUCUAGGCUACCUGGGAUUAUGAGGAAACCUGCUUCUUCCUUAACGGGUGUGAUUGUUCACAGAUGUGAGGAUCCAAAAAGAAGACAAGCGCCUCAGAAGUCAUGAAAUGUAGACUUUUAGAGAAUUACGAGACAUCUUGUUCUUCUGGAGCUGUUGUGCCUCCCGCAAAUACACACUGAUUUGAUGGCGUUUGUAUCGAUGACUGAACUGUAGGAUGGAGACAAGGGGACAUCCUGCAGUGCUAAUAUUAAUCGAUUACUGUAUUCAUAUGGGGAAACAAUAUCAGUGGCAUCAAUGAUAACAGGGUUUUCAGCUCUUCUCGUCAAGAGGAGCGUGCCAGUUUAUGAUUUUUCAGUUGAUUUGUUGAUUUUUCAUGUUAUAUUUUCAUAAAUGCCGUUUUUGUUAACACACACCCCUCUUCUUUGUUCCGCUACAUGACCCAUCUGUUCUUUCUUUGUCAUAAUUAAAUUGUUCAGUAAGUUAACAUCAUCAUCCAAAAAAAAAAACAGCUGCACAACAUUGUUUAUUUAUUUAUAUUAAAAUCUAUAUCUUCUUAUGUC